CCACGCACCAUCCACCAUCCCCCCACCUCCACAGCCUGACCUGCUGCAGCUGGAGGAGCUAAGGAAGCCGACCAUGGUGGGGAGGGGAGCGGGUUCGCGACUCUGGAGACAGUUUCCGCGGCCUCUCCCCACCAGGCGGCCCUGAAUCGCCAAACGCACCUCUAGUCCCUGCAUGCAGACCUUUCCCCUCUUCUGUAGACUUGUUUGUAUCCCUCUUGCUUUUGCCCUCCCCACCCUUCCCUGGGCUCCGGAACGCUACUCUUCAGUCUGGCAUCAGCCCUUCUCGGCACCCCUCUUCAUUAAGGAAAUGCAAUGAACCGGUGCCCUCGCGUCCUCAUCGCCUCCCCGGGCACGGUACCCAUUUGGUGGUGGGGAGGGAGUCCCUCACUGUCCCUUCGUGACGCCCCUCCUUUGGGCCUCCCUCCGGCUGGCGUCCCUGGGCGAUGUCCCAGAGGACCUCGACUGGAGGUGGGCUUUACAGCGAGGGCUGUGGAAAGGAUAAAGAACCGGGGCUUGGGUGCUUCUGAGAUGCUCCCAAGUAUCAAGGGGGACCGAGCGAGGUGCGGGCUACUGGGCGGCAGGCAUGAUGCCCUCUCCUAGUGACUCCAGUCGCUCGCUGACCAGCCGGCCAAGUACCCGGGGCCUUACCCACCUCCGCCUCCACCGACCCUGGCUGCAAGCCCUGCUCACGUUGGGGCUGGCCCAGGUGCUCUUGGGCAUCCUGGUGGUAACCUUCAGCAUGGUGGCCUCCUCUGUCACCACCACCGAGAACAUCAAGAGGUCCUGCCCAUCUUGGGCUGGGUUCUCGCUGGCGUUCUCCGGGUUGGUUGGCAUUGUGUCCUGGAAGCGGCCAUUCACUCUAGUGAUCUCUUUCUUCUCCUUGCUUUCGGCGCUCUGUGUCAUGCUCAGCAUGGCUGGUUCUGUUCUCUCCUGUAAGAAUGCUCAGCUGGCUCGGGACUUUCGAGACUGUUCCAUGGAAGGGAAGGUCUGCAUAUGCUGCCCCCCUAGUCCCUUACCCAGACCUUGUCCAGAGUGGGGCCAGGAGCUGAAAGUUGCCUUUAACUCCACCUGUGAUGAAGCCAGAGGGGCCCUCAAGAACCUGCUCUUCAGUGUCUGUGGACUUACUAUUUGUGCUGCAAUAAUCUGUACCCUCUCUGCUAUUGUCUGCUGUGUCCAGAUUUUCUCCCUGGAUCUGGUGCAUAUGCAGCUGGCCCCUGAGCGAUCAGUCUCAGGCCCCCUAGGGCCCCUGGCUUGUACAUCCUCGCCCCCAGCUCCUCUCCUUCACACCAUGCUGGACUUGGAGGAAUUUGUCCCACCUGUGCCCCCACCACCCUACUACCCUCCAGAGUACACCUGCAGUUCAGAGACAGAUGCACAAAGUAUCACGUAUAAUGGCUCCAUGGAUAGCCCAGUGCCCUUGUAUCCUACUGAUUGCCCCCCUUCUUACGAGGCCGUCAUGGGGCUUCGAAGAGACAGCCAGGCCACUCUGUUUGAUCCUCAGCUUCACGAUGGCUCCUGUGUCUGUGAGCGGGUUGCCUCCAUUGUAGAUGUGUCCAUGGACAGUGGGUCCCUGGUGUUGUCAGCCAUUGGCGACCUCCCAGGCGGCUCUAGCCCAUCAGAAGACUCAUGCCUGCUGGAACUCCAGGGCUCUGUGCGCUCCGUCGAUUAUGUGCUCUUCCGCUCCAUCCAGCGCAGCCGCGCAGGCUACUGCCUUAGCCUGGACUGUGGCCUCCGGGGUCCCUUUGAAGACAGUCCCUUGCCACGGCGACCCCCGCGGGCUGCCCGCUCCUAUUCCUGCUCAGCCCCUGAAGCCCCACCCCCACUGGGUGCCCCCACGGCUGCACGCAGUUGCCACCGGUUGGAGGGCUGGCCGCCCUGGGCGGGACCUUGCUUCCCAGAGCUGAGGCGGCGGGUCCCCCGAGGAGGCAGCCGCUCGGCUGCACCCCCUCCUGCCCGAGCACCAGCUCGACGCUUCAGUGAUAGCUCAGGUUCCCUCACCCCACCCGGACACCGGCCUCCUCACCGGACACCCCCUCCACCACUGCUGCUGCCAAGGUCUCACAGCGACCCAGGCAUUACCACCUCCAGCGACAUUGCUGACUUCAGGGACCUUUAUACCAAAGUGCUUGAGGAAGAAGCUGCCUCUAUCUCCUCUGCAGACACAGGGCUCUGCUCUGAAGCCUGCCUUUUCCGCCUAGCUCGUUGCCCUUCCCCCAAGUUGCUACGUGCUCGCUCAGCUGAGAAACGCCGCCCAGUGCCCACCUUCCAGAAGGUUCCCCUGCCUUCAGGUCCUGCACCUGCCCACUCUCUAGGGGACCUGAAAGGAAGCUGGCCAGGCCGAGGCCUGGUCACUCGUUUCCUCCAGCUGUCUAGGAAGUCCCCAGACCCUGCAGGAACUGGAGCCCAUGGAUAUAAGCAAGUGCGCAGGAGCCCAUGGGGACGACCUGGUCGAGAGAGCCUCCACCUACGUAGUUGUGGUGAUUUGAGCUCUGGCUCCUCCCUAAGGCGACUCUUGUCUGGUCGCAGGCUGGAGCAUGGCUUACGCCCACACAGCCUCAGCCUCAAUGGAGGGAGCCGGGAGACUGGGCUCUGAUUUGGGCGUGUUACAUUGAACAGAUCAGAGGAAUGCUGGAGCCAUAAGCAUCAGCUGGUUAGGACCAGCAGCCCCCAGCCGCCUUGUGCAUCACUGGCUGGCUCAAAAAGAAAUCUGCUGUAUACUCUCCCAAGGUGUUCCUUUCCUGCCUGCCUUUGAGGGCUCCUGUUGCUUACCUCUGUCCCUCUGAAGGGCAGAGCUUCUGUCCUGUGCAGCAUGAGUGUUCAAGUUGGGGGAGGAAAUGCCCCCUGCUUACAGCAUUGACAGGAAAAUUAGUAACCUCCCCCCGCAUGAGGUGCCCCUUUCUGAUACCCACGGGCACUGUAUGGGGGCGAAAGCCUGAGUGUUAAAGAACACAGCGAUUUGUGCCUUGCCAAGUGGUGAUAGGGCACGCAAAAAGAGACAUGAAUCAAGGUGGCUUUUCAGCUGGUUAGGACCAGCUGCCCUCAGCAGCCCUGUACACCACUAGCUGCAUGACCUCAGACAAGUUAUCUAACCUUAAUUGCCCAACCUGUAAAACAUUGUGAACAGGAGUGUUUGUAACACUGAGUAAGCCUUCAGUAAAUUUCCAUUCCUCCCUUC